AUGCCUAAAAGGUCAAGAGAUAUAAAGGAACCACUGAGGCAGAACGACUCCCUUGCAAACAAGCGCCAAAGGACUGAAGAUAAUCACAUCGUGGAGCCUGAAGACGACGAUGAUAUACCGUAUACACAUAAUAACUCAAGAUCAACAACACCUUUAAGUGACCUGAGUGAUAUCAGUCAAGAUAAUGAUAUACAGAUAACUAGGGAAGUGGCAUCAGAAACACCAGCUAGAAAUCAAACACCAGCAACUGCUCCAAUUGAAGUACAGUCUCAACCAUCUUUUAAUCAAAAUACCCCAGCACCUCAGGAUGUGAUAGAUGUCGAUGAUGAUGACGACUUACAAGAGUAUUACAUUAUAUCAGACGACGAUGAUGAUUCAAAAGAUAAAGAUAAAGAUACACAACAGAAAACUGUGGAGGAACAACUAAGAGAAGCUUCACGUAAUGAGAAUUCAACUUUGAAGGAUGCACAUUGUGCAGUUUGUUUUGAUAGUCCAGAGAACACUUAUAUAUUACCUUGUGGUCAUAUAUAUUGUGGUGAUUGUGUUUUCAAAGCUUUGAGCUCUACAAAACAAAGUAAUAAAGCUGGUGGUCCAUGCAGUCUUUGUCGCUCGUUUACCCCUUAUAAAAGGGCAACUUUAGGUAUAUUCAAAAAGAAGAAAAAGGUGCUGAUUUAG